AUGCCAAGAUUAAAACGUAUGGGCAUGAAUAUCCACCAACUGCGUCAAGUUUUCGAAUUGGAAAAUGAAGAAGAAUCGAAAAAUUUUACUCAGUGCCAUCCUGCGAGACCUUUAAUGUACCAUUUGCUGUUUACGUUUGCUGUAAGAAUACAAAACAAAAAUUAAAUAUUUUUACCAUAUUAUAAUCAAGCAAGUAUACCUACAUUUCCAAAUGAUUUAAAACAAGCACAUUAAUGUUUAUUUGUAAACAGGUUUAUUUUUUUACUAUAAUAGCUGUUUUUGGUAAUAUUUUCCACAUAGGUACCUAAUGAUUAGCUCGUUAAAACUAUUAAAAAAAUCUAAAACCGGUUCGUAUUAGAAGUCUAAAUGUUUUUAUAAUAAAAUAUGAGAGAAUAUUUUUUGAUUUAAGUACAAUCUUUUAGUUUUAUAUACUUCUAGUUCUACUAUAACUAAUAUUAUUGAGUAUAUACAUAUGACUAGAAUCAGAUUUAAAAGGAGCUGAGUGGGCUGAAGUUUAUAAGCCUUCACAAUUUUUAAAAUAACUUAAUAGGCUUUCUACAUUUUCUUUAGUAAUAUUUGUUUAAUGUUGUACCGAUUUCCAUUCAGAAAAGGUGCUAUACUUAAAAAUCGGAGCAAUAGUCUUCUGGUAGAGAAGUUGCGCACAGAUAAAAAAAAAUAAACAUCUUUGUAAAACCAUAAGCUUCUUCGCUCCAUUCAAAAUCUAAAAUAUAUAUGUAGUUCAGGGAUUUAAAUACUUAACAAUUUAUUAAUUUAAUUUGCAUGCAACACGAAUGAUUUGCCUGUUCCUAUUUCUAUAAUGCUAGUUGAUAAUACUUUUCCUGGAUUUAAAUGGUUUUAUGUAGCAAAAUAUUAUAUAGACAAUUUAAAUUCAAAAUUUACAUAUGUUGUCCAGUUGUCCUAAUUCCUAUUUAUUUAUUUGGUGCUUUGGAGUCUCUGCAAUUUAUUCCGCACAAGGACCAUCAUAUAUCUAAAUACGAUCCUGGAUAUAUAAUUACAUGUUAUCUUCGUAUAUUUUUAAAACCUUAUUGAUUGAUCUAUAAAUUAAUUUGUAUAUUGUUUUCUGUAGAUAAUCACCGCAACAUCAAUACUGGGCAUUAUUGUUGAACACGAACGAAAAAUAAAUACUCAACUCUGGUCAAACCUAUUGCAAAUGUUUAAAGAAAUUGUAAGUUUACUGUCGUUCGUGUUCGUUCUGAAAUUAUAAUAAAUUAUUGCCCUUAUUGCAAACGCGUUAUUUUUAAGUGGUUCUGCCUGUGUAUAAGAGUGAAUGAAAAUAUUAUAAUUCAUCUGUAUAGACAUAUUGUAUUAACAAUAUUCUAAAAUCGUAAUAUAAUAAAAUAUAAUAAUGUGGUACAUAUAUAUAUAUAGUGAAAUAGUAUUUACGUAUACAUUUUUAAAAAUAAUCUGUAAUACCUCUAAUACUUAUACAAAUGUAAUAAUAAAAUUGUAUAAUUUAAGAACAGAUAUUUGAAGAGAGUUCCGUUUUAAGAUUCUGGAAAAGUCAAAGUUCUGGUGAACAAGCGUUCGCCUGUUUAACACUUAUCCACUUUGCCGUGUACCUAGCGUGGGACAUUAGAUGGAAAUCCUCGAUUAUGUCAAAUUACUUCAUUAUUAAUGAAGGUAAAGAACACAAAACAUUUAUAAUAAACAUAAUCGAAAUUUUCCAUAAAAUAACUUGUACCAAGUUAUAAGUUGAUACUAAAAUUACCAAGUUGUACUAAGUUUGAUGAUAACAUCAAAAUAAUAAUAUAUUCUGCGUAUUUUUAGAUAAAUCAAAUUCGAUUUGGGCGCAUUUGUUUUGUCCGUUUAGUCACAUUUCCGUGUUGAAUUUAAUCAUCAACACUGUGUAUUUAUAUUCUCUAUGUACAUCUGGUAAGUCCUUUCUGUUUUCACAACGUGUCAUAACUCAUAAGUUUUAAAUGAGUUCCAUUAACAUAACUGAUUUGACAUUUAAAAAAAAUAUAAUUUUCGGAAUAAUAAUUAUUAUUAUUUACAUAGGUACUUAAUUGUAUUAUUUUUAUUUUGCUUUAUAUUUUUAGUGUAACUUUAGGAAUAUAUUAGUUUUACUAUAAUGUGUGUUUUUAGAUUCUGAACAGAGCGAGGAUGUAUUGGUUUUAUAAUUUUUUUUUUUUUUCUGCGGACAACUUUUCUACCAAUAAUUUUUCUCUAAAGACCGAUUUACAUUGAAAGCACUUUAUCUGAAAAGAAAACUGACUGGGGUGGUACUUUAGGGAGGUUACUUUUUGAUUUUUCCUGGAGUUUUCCCAAUAAAUGGAAAAAACUUAGGAAAAACUGAAAAAUAGGUACAAUAUUAAACAACUAUUGUUAAUGAAAACGUAUACCUAAUGCAUAAUAUGUAUAUGUAUAUAUAAUAAACCUUUUUUGUUGCAUUUUGGAUUUUGUAGGUGUAUUAAAGAGAUAGAAGGGGAUACAUUUUUUUAUUUAACUUGUAGAUUUCCUAAUAAUUGGGAAAAUCUAGUAGAAAGUAGAAAAAAAACCAGAAAAUGUAAGGUUUGUUUAUUUUUAAUUUACUAUUUUUGUUGUGAUUCAGUUGCAAAUAUUCAUAAAUACCUGAAAAUUUCACAGAAAACUUACAUAAUUUUUAAAACAUUCUGGGAAUUGUUAAACUAUUAUAGGCAUUUUAUAUUUGAGUUUUUUUGCGUAAGAAGUUUUUAUUUGAUAGAUGCAUAUACGUUCUUUAUUUGGUUGAUGGUCAAAAUUGACUAAUUUUUGAUUGAGUUUUUAUUUAAGUAUAGAUGUAUACAGGGUUAAUUUUGGUGGUUUGGCUAUUUUACUAUACAAUUCAUAAAUUGUAUAUAACAUGAUAAUGUAUUUUGGUGAACUUUGUUUUAAAGAAUUAUUUAAGCUUAUUUUUCGUUAGAAAUGAUGUUUCAUUGCGUACAGAUAUAAUUAAUUAUAAAUUACUUUAUGUAUCCUAUAUCUUCUCAACUUCCCACCUACAAAACUGUCAUAGUAAUUUUCUUAUUCUUGUACCUAUAUAUAAAUAAAAUUGCUGAGAAUAAUAAAUUUCAAAACUAUAAUUAUAUACACAUAUAUUUUAUAGGAUUCAUUAAGACAUGGCCAUAUGUACUGACUGGAAUGUCUGGAAAUAGAUUUUUGCAUUAUAUGUGCAUUGAAGAAUUUUUCGUUUUUUACAUCAGCGCGUGUGUUUUUUCAUCGCUAUCUAAAGUUUACAUGGAACGAAAAUUUAACACAGUAUCCAAGAAUAAACAUGGUGCUGUAAGUAUAUUAUUGCUAUUAUCAGGGUCUGAUUAA